AUGAUCAGCGAUAUCCAGUGGGCGAGAUCGUCGAAUAUGCGGGCGGCCAUGACAAUCUUCGACGCAACACUGCUGAAGAAUUGUUACCUGUCUGUCCUGGACAACAUGGAUGAUGAGUUCCUGAAUGACUAUUGCAAAUCUGCUGAAGUUCACUGCCAAGUCCGUCAGUAUGCUCGGACAAUCGCAAAACUCGGAAUCUCCAUGAGCAAGCUUGCCCAAGAGAUUGAAGAUGGCAUUCGGGCACUGACUAACCACCAAGGUAUUGAGACCGGAGAUGCCCUCAAGGCCGUCCUGGGAUUUCCGACUGGGCUCUGCUUGACUAAUAUAGGUGCUCACUAG